CCUCUGUGGAGAGACUUAAAGGGCCGGCUGGCUCGGCGGCCGCGGGACGCCCCGGCGCUGACCGCCCUGGGCCCGCGCCGGCCUGCGUAGAUGCGUCUGGCCAGAUCCCGCGCCACCAUGUAAACGGCGCCCGCAGGCGGACACUGGUUUUUCCGCCCGGUACCCCUCCGCCCUGCCCCGGGCUCCAGGGCCUUCAAUGAGGACACACCAUGCUGACCGGGGUGACCGGCGGGAUCUUCUGCUGCCUGCUGGGUGCACCACCCAAUGCUGUGGGGCCACUGGAGAGCGUCGAGUCCAGUGAUGGCUACACCUUUGUGGAGGUCAAGCCUGGCCGCGUGCUGCGGGUGAAGCAUGCCGGACCCGCUCCAGCCCCCAACCCACCACCACCUCUGCCAGAUGCCGCCCACGGGGACCAGUCGGGCUUGGUCCGCUGCCAGCGCCGCAUCACCGUGUACCGCAACGGGCGCUUACUGGUGGAGAACCUGGGCCCAGCACCUCGAGCUGACCUCCUGCAUGGUCAGAAUGGCUCCGGGGAGCCACCGGCCACCCUUGAGGUGGAGCUGGCAGACCCAGCGGGCAGUGCUGGCCGCGUGGGCCCGACCAGUGCCGGGAGUGGCGGUGGUGGGCGACGGCGGCGAGCCCGGCGCCCCAAGCGGACCAUCCUCAUUGACUGUGAGAAGCGCAUCACCAGCUGCAAAGGCACACAGGCCGAUGUGGUGCUCUUUUUCAUCCACGGUGUCGGCGGCUCCUUGGCCAUCUGGAAGGAGCAGCUGGACUUCUUUGUGCGCCUAGGCUACGAGGUAGUGGCCCCUGACCUGGCCGGCCAUGGGGCCAGCUCGGCACCCCAGGUGGCUGCAGCCUACACCUUCUAUGCGCUGGCAGAGGACAUGCGCGCCAUCUUCAAGCGCUACGCCAAGAAGCGAAAUGUGCUCAUUGGGCAUUCCUAUGGUGUCUCCUUCUGCACAUUCCUGGCACAUGAGUACCCAGACCUGGUGCACAAGGUGAUCAUGAUCAACGGCGGGGGCCCCACAGCGCUGGAGCCCAGCUUCUGCUCCAUCUUCAACAUGCCCACCUGUGUCCUGCACUGCCUGUCGCCCUGCCUGGCUUGGAGCUUCCUCAAGGCUGGCUUUGCUCGCCAAGGGGCCAAAGAGAAACAGCUGCUGAAGGAGGGCAACGCAUUCAACGUGUCAUCCUUCGUGCUGCGGGCCAUGAUGAGCGGCCAGUACUGGCCCGAGGGCGAUGAAGUCUACCACGCCGAGCUCACCGUGCCUGUCCUGCUCGUCCACGGCAUGCACGACAAGUUUGUGCCGGUAGAGGAAGACCAGCGCAUGGCCGAGAUUCUGCUCCUGGCCUUCCUGAAGCUCAUCGACGAAGGCAGCCACAUGGUGAUGCUGGAGUGCCCGGAGACAGUCAACACGCUGCUCCAUGAAUUCCUGCUCUGGGAGCCCGAGCCGGCGCCCAAGGCCCUGCCCGCACCCCCGGAAGAGAAGUAGCCGCUGGGCCGGCGGGCAUCGCUUGGCGUGCGGAGGAGCAAGAGGCCGGAGCCGGCGCCGGCCCUGCAGCGCGGACCACCUGGGCUGGCCGCCCGCCCCCGGUGGGCGGGGUCGGGUCGGGAGACGUCCCCAGACCGGCUGGGCAGGGCGGGGCACCCGUGGGAGCCGGGUGGACGCAGGCUCUCUGCUUCCGUCCUGCGGGGCCAGGCGGUGUUUCGGGCCGCAGCCGGGACCCCCGCGGAGGAUGACCUUGUACAGAAGCCCCCUCUCCACCCGCGCCAUGGCCGAGGCAGGCCCCCUACCCCGCUCUCCGUCUUCCGUGUCAGCUGUGCUUGAUCCUGGGACUUGCGAGCCCCGGAGGGACCCUCGGGUCCCCGCCCCCUUGCCCGAGACCCCCCCACCUCCUAUUCCUCGGCGCUGGGAGCGAUGUUGCCCAAGAGCGUUGGGACUGAGUCGGGGACGGGGGGGCUGGCGCCACUGAACCUGCACAUCCCAACUUGUAACUCAAUAAAAAAAAAGUGACAAUCUGA